AUGAAUUUUGAAUCUCAAGACUUUUUUUUGAAUUUCAGCUUACGACAAACGGCUAUUGCACGAUUCCCCAUGCCCAUUCAAAAAUCUGUCCUCCUUCCUCAUCUAUAUUGUCAGAACAUAAAACCCUCUCACCUUAUUCGCUUUCAAUCCUUCUUCUCAACCAUUUUUUGAAACGGAUUCUUUCCCUGAGAUGAAUGAGCUCCGGUGACUCUCUUCUACAGCAACAGAUUCCUAAUCCCUAGAUUCGAUUUCUGGAAGGGGUUUCAAACUAUUAAUCCGAAAUGGGUCUUUCCAUCUGGGCCUUCUCCGCGAUUUUAGCAGCAACCCUUUUCAGCCACUGCUCCUUUUCGCUCACUGAAGAUGGUUUGACAUUGUUGGAAAUCAAAACUACUUUGAAUGACACUAAGAACGUCCUCGCUAAUUGGAGCCCUUCAGAUGAAUCUCCCUGCAAAUGGACUGGCAUUUCUUGCCAUCCCCAGGACUCUCGUGUUAGCUCAAUUAAUCUACCGUUCAUGCAACUAGCAGGGACUAUAUCUCCCAGCAUUGGUAAACUUAGUAGAUUGCAGAGACUGGCUCUCCACCAGAACGGAUUACAUGGAUAUAUUCCCAAUGAACUUGCCAAUUGUUCUGAACUUAGAGCCAUCUACCUGAGGGCUAACUAUCUCCAAGGUGGGAUUCCAUCAAAUAUUGGAAACCUUUCUUACCUCACCAUACUUGAUUUAUCAAGCAAUUCCCUUAAGGGAAGUAUACCAUCAUCAAUUGGUCGUCUCACAAACUUACGCAAUCUGAAUUUGUCUACCAACUUUUUCUUUGGAGAAAUCCCAGAUAUUGGAGUUCUAAGCACCUUUGGGAAUAACUCGUUCUUUGGUAAUCAAGAUCUUUGUGGUCGGCAAGUGAACAAGCCGUGUCGGACCUCACUGGGGUUUCCUGCUGUUUUACCACAUGCUGGAAGUGAUCAAGCUGCAGUUCCUGUGAAACGAUCCUCUCAUUACAUCAAAGGACUGUUAAUUGGUGCAAUAUCGACAGCAGGGUUCGUGUUGGUCAUACUUCUUGUACUCAUGUGGACUCGUUUGGUAUCCAAGAAAGAAAGAACUGCAAAGAGUUACUUGGAAGUUAAGAAGCAAAAUACUCGCGAAUCAAGUGCAAAGCUCAUUACAUUCCAUGGUGAUCUACCGUACCCGACGUGUGAGAUCAUAGAAAAGCUGGAGGCCCUUAAAGAAACAAAUAUUGUUGGCUCAGGAGGGCUCGGCACCGUGUAUCGGAUGGUCAUGAAUGAUCGUGAAGCGUUUGCUGUAAAGAAAAUUGAUAGGAGUCAAGAUGGUUCAGAUCAAGUAAUUGAAAGAGAAUUGGAGAUCUUGGGAAGCAUUAAACACAUAAAUUUAGUGACACUGCGUGGUUAUUGCAGGCUCCCUUCUUCAAAGCUUCUUAUAUAUGACUAUCUCGCAGCUGGUAGCUUGGAUGAUUUCUUACAUGAAUAUGGACCCGAAAGGUCUUUGGAUUGGAGUGCUCGGUUAAACAUAGCGCUCGGCUCCGCUCGAGGACUGGCAUACUUGCACCAUGAUUGCUGUCCAAAGAUUGUGCACUGCAACAUAAAAUCCAGCAACAUUCUUCUCGACAAGAACUUAGAGGCGCAUGUAUCCGACUUUGGUCUCGCAAAGCUUUCGGUUGAUGGGGAUUCCCAUGUCACAACUGUUGUUGCUGGCACAUUUGGUUAUUUGUCUCCAGAAUACUUGCAAAGUGGCAUAGGAACUGAGAAGUCUGAUGUUUAUAGCUUUGGAGUUCUGUUGCUGGAGCUUGUAACAGGGAAGAGACCCAGUGAUCCAUUUUUCUCAAAAAGGGGCUUAAAUGUUGUUGGUUGGUUGAACACACUCCGGGGAGAAGACCAAUUGGAGAACAUAGUGGAUAAUAGGUGCAAGAAUGCAGAUGUCGAAACUGUAGAAGUGAUUCUUGAAAUAGCAGCAAGGUGCACCAAUGGCAACCCGGCUAUGCGGCCUACAAUGAACCAAGUUCUGCAGCUGCUAGAGCGAGAGGUAAUGUCGCCCUACCCGAGCGAUUACUCCGAGUCUCACUCGGAUUAUUCGUGACCAACUGUAAGUUACUUCGAGGUUUGAGGUGUCUUGUUCACAGUUUGUGCAACAUGUUAAGAAACAGCUGCUGCCUGCAUAUUGUAUUCACUUUGUGUUAAGAAUCUCAACACAAGAACAUGUAAGUUUCAGUAGUACAUUCAUGACACUUCCCUCUGAUUUUGGGUUCUCUGCACAAAAUCUUGCUUCUCCUUACGU